CAAUGUAAUCCCAAUCCAUGUCUUCAUGAUGGCAAUUGUACGAGGGCAGGUAAAAGUUUUUCCUGCGCGUGCCAUGAAAAUUAUAACGGAAGAAGUUGUGAAAAUGAUCUAAAUUCUUGCCGAAGUAAUCCUUGUAUUCAUGGAAGAUGUCAAAAUAUAAAUUAUUCUUAUCUAUGCCAAUGCCAUGCUGGCUACACGGGGACAGAUUGUGAAUUAGGUAUAUUUAUAUCGCAUUUUUGUAGCUCUAACCCUUGUUUGAAUGGUACAUGCACUGAUAGUCCUUCAGGAUUUCGAUGCCAAUGUAAUCAUGGGUAUACUGGAUUAUACUGUCAUCAAGCUCUGAAAGAAUGCGAUCGUAAACCAUGCGAAAACGGUAUUUGCGUACAACAUCAAAACAGUUAUAAAUGCCGAUGUAAUCCAGGUUUCAAAGGAAUAAACUGCGAAAAAGUUAUUAAUGCCUGCCAAUCUAAUCCAUGCUACGAGGGAACUUGCAUUAGUUACAUCAAUAAGUACGUUUGUAAAUGCAUGCCAGGGACAACGGGAGUAAAUUGUAAUCAAGGUGUCUGUCAAUCAAAUCCUUGCUACAGUGGCCUUUGUCAGCCUACAGCAAAUGGAUAUCGAUGCCAGUGUUUUAAAGGAUUUUAUGGAAAGCAAUGCGAAUUCGACGUAUGCAACUCUAAUCCUUGCGUAAAUGGCCAUUGCUUAUUAAGUCAUGGUGGAUACCAGUGCAUUUGUAAUAAAGGAUAUAACGGUACAAAUUGUGAAUUAAGUAAGUCUACUUGUUUUUCAAUAUAA